GCAGACAUAAAAUCAUAAAAUGCUGAAAAAUGAGUGGUGAGCCUUGAUGGAUGAAGUGAAGUGAACGCCGCCAGCCACUCAGCCAGCCAGCCAACCAGCCAGACACCGGGGCAAUGUUUGUUUACCUUGUGCUCGCUUGCCACUUUUGAAGCCCGGCUACUGCAUUUUUACCUGAUUUUUACCGUGAGAGAUGGCAGAGGCCACAGCCAAGGGUGCCUGCUCUCCACCCACCAAGAAGCAGCGCACAGAUGACUGCAGUGACGCUGUGGACAGCACCACUGACCAGGGCUGUGUUGGGGACCGUGACCCACACUUCCUCACCAGCUUUAAAGACUUUGAGGUGGUGCGGGUCCUCAACAAUGACGAGGAGCGCAAGUCGGUGGUGGUAGAGUGUCAGAUCAAAGGCAGAGAAGGUGUUGCUGUCGCUCAGUUGCAGAAGCUGCCAUUCAACGCACAGAAGCUUGGAGACAUUCUGAGUAGUGGCACAACUCUCAAGACACUCUUCCAGAAUGACAUCUACUACAACAAGACAGCCCUGGUACCUCCUGAUCUUAAUGAGAUGAAGGCCACUGUCAUCUACCCAGCCGAGAAGAAACACAUCCUGCGCUAUGAGAAGCAGCCGUCAUCGUUCAUCCAGGAGACGCCUCGCCUGUUCCGGGAAGUCACCAAGCGCUUCAUUGAAACAUCAUCCUUCAGCAAGGAGUGGAUAUACAACAUCCUGGACCACAAGAAGGAGGUGGACCGCAUUGUGUUCGAGGAUCCUGAUCCUGACAUAGGCUUCAUCCUUGUGCCGGACCUCAAGUGGACCGGGGAGCAGAUGGAAGACCUCUACCUGCAGGCCAUCGUGAGGCGCAGAGACAUCACCUGCCUCAGGGAGCUGGAUGCCUCACACCUGCCCCUGCUCAGGAAUGUGCUGGAGAAAGGCUCAACAGCCAUCAAAGAGAAGUAUGGUAUUCCUGCUCACAAGCUGAGGGUGUACCUGCAUUACCUGCCAUCCUUCUACCACCUUCAUGUACACUUCUCUGCCCUCUCCUUUGAGGCUCCAGGGACCUGGGCAGGGAAAGCUCACUUGCUUUCCUCUGUCAUCAGCAAUAUUGAGACCUGUUCAGAUCACUACCAGAAAGUAACACUUCCAUACACUCUCAAGGACAAUACACCACUGAGUGCAAUGUUCAAAGACCAUGGUUACUUCUCAGAAUAACAACUGUGAGUUUACAGCACUACUGGCUUCAUUUGUAUUUUUCUAUUUGGUUGUUCUGUGUGUAAGUGUGACGUUUUCCUAUGGGCAGAACCUUGCUGCUUAUGUGUGCAGAGGUGAUGUCAUGUUUUCAGAACCAGGAUUACCUGUGCACUGAAAAUAAAGUAUAAGAAAUAUGGAAA